CCAUGAGGUCUUGUCCCAAUCAUACCUAUGGUAACACUACAGAGUGCGGCAGUACAUCGAUCGGCUAUAGCUUUGAGUUUGUUGUCAAUAUUCUCUGAUUUUACCUCCACCCUCGCCGUCAAGGCAACCCAAACUCCAACGCCUCCGUCCAACGCCUCGAUCCCCCAACGCCUCCGUCCAACGCCGCCGACCAACCCAAACGCCUAUUGCCCAUACCCGAUGCCUUAAACGCCUAAACGCCCGAUGAACCUUUUUUGUUUACACUCCACGUGUUCGCAUUCUGAGAUUUACGGUUCACUAUGGGCCGAGUUUCGCGUGCGCCGGCUUGGAGACUGGAGUCAUUCGCAAAGCUUCCAAUCCAGUUCAGGUACCGAGCCUGUAACUUCGUUAGCACUCUGAGCCGAGGCCUCGCGUUGGCCUCUUGGCCAUUUGACCACUCGACCGCUGCUGUUAUUGUUAAAAGGACGUGUCCGGUUUUGACUUAUAACCCCUCCUCAAAC